AUGGCGGGAAGGUCUGACGCAGUAUCGAUCCACGUUCCUUACCAGAAUCUAAGGAAAGCUUCUCCCACCGCUGAGGUCGAACUCAUCGGCUUAGAUGAACCUCGUCACCGGAUCGAUCUCAAUUCGCCGCGCUCCGAUCAAACACCGCCGAAAAAUAACGCCUCCAUAGUUCACCUUGUUCUCAGUUGCACUGUCGCUGCCGGUGUUCAGUUUGGUUGGGCUUUGCAGCUUUCUCUUCUCACACCUUACAUUCAGACGUUGGGAAUAGGACAUGCGUUUUCUUCAUUUAUUUGGCUUUGUGGCCCCAUUACAGGUCUUGUGGUUCAACCCUGUGUUGGUAUUUGGAGUGAUAAAUGUACUUCAAAAUUUGGGAGAAGACGUCCAUUCAUUCUUGCAGGAUCUCUUAUGAUUUCCUUGGCUGUGAUACUGAUCGGGUUUUCUGCAGACAUUGGAUAUAUAUUAGGGGAUACAAAAGAGCAUUGCAGUACAUUUAAAGGGACUCGAACAAGGGCUGCUGUUGUAUUUAUUCUUGGGUUCUGGAUGCUGGACCUUGCCAACAACACAGUGCAGGGGCCAGCUAGAGCACUUUUGGCAGAUCUGUCGGGUCCUGAUCAACGCAAUGUAUCAAAUGCUGUCUUUUGCUCAUGGAUGGCAGUGGGAAACAUUCUAGGAUAUUCUUCUGGUGCUAGUGGAAAGUGGAACAAAUGGUUCCCUUUCUUAACAACUGAUGCUUGCUGCGAGGCCUGUGGCAAUCUUAAGGCAGCAUUUCUUGUUGCCGUGGUGUUUUUGACAUUAUGCACACUUGUAACCCUAUAUUUUGCUGAUGAAAUUCCCCUUACUACUGCAAGUCAACAUCACCGGUUAUCAGAUUCUGCUCCUUUAUUGGAUGAACAACAAAAUGACAUUGAAUUUUCUAAAUCAAAGCCUUUAUCUAUUAUAAAUGAGUCCAAUGGUGAGACAAGAGAGGAUCAUUCCGAGGAAGUUGUAAACCUGAAGCAUGAGAGUUUCAAUGCUGGGGAAGAUCAUAAUGAAAAUUUAAUGGACGGGCCUGGAGCAGUAUUGGUUAACUUGUUAACAAGUUUAAGGCAUUUGCCACCUGCUAUGCAUUCAGUGCUGGUUGUAAUGGCUCUCACUUGGUUGUCAUGGUUUCCCUUCUUUCUGUUUGAUACGGAUUGGAUGGGGAGAGAGGUUUAUCACGGGGAUCCAAAAGGAACUGCUACUGAAGUGGGUCUUUAUGAUCAAGGUGUUAGAGAAGGUGCAUUUGGUUUGCUAUUGAAUUCUGUUGUGCUUGGAAUCAGCUCUUUUUUAAUUGAACCAAUGUGUAAGUGGAUGGGUGCAAGAUCAGUAUGGGCAGUGAGCAAUUUUGUUGUCUUUGUUUGCAUGGCUGGCACUGCUAUCAUUAGUCUAAUUUCUGUCCACGAUUAUACUGGAGGAAUAGAACAUGCAAUUGGAGCAAGUGAUGGAAUCAAGGUUGCUUCCUUGGUUGUGUUUAUUCUGCUUGGAUUUCCACUCGCGAUUACCUACAGUGUCCCAUUUGCUGUUACAGCAGAGUUGACUGCUGAUUCAGGUGGUGGCCAAGGAUUGGCUAUAGGAGUUUUAAAUCUUGCAAUUGUUGCUCCACAGAUGAUUAUAUCCCUUGGUUCUGGUCCAUGGGAUGCUCUCUUUGGUGGUGGCAAUAUUCCUGCAUUUGUUUUGGCCUCCAUCUGUGCUCUCACCGGUGGCAUUGUUGCAUUUCUAAAACUGCCAAAUCUUUCUAGUAAUGCCUUCAAGUCAUCAGGAUUUCAUUUUGGCUAG